AUGAACGUGGACAAAGUGGAUGAGGCCACACAACAGGCCCAGACGUCAGCCCCCAGUACUACACCCAAGUCAGAGGUCACUUUUCAUCCGCAGAGUAACCCAAUUGCCAGACGCUUCCAUGUCGUGAAUGAAAACGCCGUUAAGAAGCUCUCCACUGACAUGGAGAAGAUAAACUUAGAGCGCAGGAAGUCCUGUCGGAAAAUGGAAAUGGAACAGGAGGCACUAUUCCAGCAAUUGUUCGACAUUGCUGGCAACACUACGGCCGAAAUGGAGGAGGGCGAACAGGAAGAACUAGCUGCGGACAGCCCAACCGAACUCUACCGCAAACUCCCUGACCGACUCGAUAUCCGAAAGAUGUCAGCGCAGAUUAGUCGCUCCAGGACGACUGAUAUGAUCUCCGUUCUCGGCAAAACGCCCGCAAGGCAAAGCAUUUCAGAUAAAACCGACCUCUGUAGCAUCAGUUCUGCCUCAAAUCGCAGUCUUGAGACUGCCGGCUCACCCGGUGGCAGCCAUUCACACUUGUCCUCAAAAAGCCCGUCCUUCUCUUCUUUCCAACCAGAUGAGGAGAAAAUGAGGUUUCGUUUCAGCCAGAGCGACCUCGCCCAGCCUACUUCCAGCGCACGCAUUAGACGCGCCGUUUCGCUCAAAUGUCGGCGCAGACCUACAGCAAAUACGCUGCACCCCCUUCCUGAUGUCCCUCUCAUAUCCUCCUCCCUGGGCCCCAAACUACCAAUGUGCUCAGCGGCCGCCGGCGGUCCGAAAUCGACGGCAAACAACAUGCGCCUUUUCAGGAAGCUGUCCUAUCAUAAGACCCCACAAUCGCGCGAACAGCGUUCUUUCUCCACAGUGCGAUGUCGUGGCAGUGCAAGCAGCCUGCUCGAGACGUCUGCCUCAGACGGAGGCCUCCUUUCACCGCCUGCGCAGGAUCUACCCGAAUGGCAAAUGGUGUUAGCCCAGAAGCGCAGAGAGAGAUUGGCCCAACUGCAGGCAUAUCGUGAACAUGGAUGCUGGAAUACUGGUGCGCAGACGGUCGCCGCUCUUCUUUCUGGUUGUCCCUUCAGUCCGGUGCCAGCAGGCAGCUCGGUCCUCUCACAUGCCAGCGAACUCUCAGUCGAUCAGGAGGAGGAGCAGGAGGAAGAGAAGUUGGAGUAG